AUGCCGCAUACAACAGGGCCGAAUCGUGUCCUGAGACAGACCAGUGGGAAUGAUAGUGGGGGGUCUGAUGAUAGUAGUGGAAGCAGUUCGAACACACGGAAACCAGAAAGACCUCAUUUGACAUCGCAUAAUUCAUCAACAGGCGGUCAGAAACUGUUUGUAGCCAGAUCUGGCCAUGGACAUGCUAAACACUUUCGCAGCUCGGCAUCUGCCACGAGAUUGAAUAAAAUGACUCGAAUGGCUCCUCUUCAUGGACUCAAUGACUCGUCGGUGACGGGUCGAUCGCCGAAUCAGACAUCUGGCGUUGCUCAGGGAACUUCUGGUGCUACUGGUGCUGCUGGUGCUGGUGCUGGUGCUGGUUCAGGUGGUGGACCCAGCAGUGGUGGUUCAGGAUCAAGAGGCAAUGCCAAGUUUUUGAGAUCGAAAUCGACUGAUAAUAUUUAUAAUCACAACCCGGCAGAGGUUAUACAUCGACGAAAUACAUCACAAGCGAUGCUCAGGUCGUCGAGAUCGCAGACAAGGAUCGGUAGGCAUCAUCCCCAUAUGCACGCACUUAUGCCGACCAGAUCAAGAGACAGCAGUGUGAGUGUGGAUCAGACUGGUGGCUCUGCUGCUACGGGAGCUGGUAGUGGAAGUGGCAGUGGAGGUGCUGUGAAAAGGAAGAGUACUGCUGGUAUGGUUCGAGCUGCUCGGCCAGUGAUCCAGUUGGACCAUGACGAUUCUGACGAUGAGAACGACAUGGAAGAGUCUGGAGAUGAAUCUCAUGAUAAAUCAGAUGCCAGAAACCUGGAUUCUGCCAGUAAAAAUGCAAAUGCAAACGCGAACCAAGUUCCACUACCAGUUGAGGAACAGGCGGCACAACAGACACGAGGUGCUGUCCAGAUCCAAGAGUUACCACCGUCUGACUCGCCAGUUUCAACUGGUUCUAAUACUAAUACGACUAACGGUGGUGCGGAUGCGAAUACUAAUGCAAAUAGCAAUAGCAGUAGAGCUUCACCAUUGUCGCCAGCAGCUGGUAGUGAAGCAGUUCGUGAGCCACUUCCUACUGCAGACUCUACAGUAUCUAAAGGAGCAACUACGCCAGCUAUUAGUGCUGUGACAUCGACAUCCUCUAGACAAUCGAGUCCUCGUCCUGGAGCAUCUGCUUCAGUGACUGCUACAGCUACAGCAGCAUUUCAGUCUGCCACUGGUCGUGAUAUGACAUCCAACAAUCUCCAGCCACCAAGUCUCGGUGGUCAACCUAAAUCUGACGAAGAAUAUGAAGAUACAGAUGCAGACGACGAUGACGAGCCACCAGCCACUUCGCAACCAAAACAUAUCUCGCCAACCGACUCGUUUAAACCACUACUUCACUCGACUAAUACGCCCACGCCACCUCAAAUCUCUACCGAAACAGUAGUAGCUAUUUCCGGAUCUGAAGCCUCGACAUCAGGCUCUUCUACAACUGCUACACCAUAUCUUAGUAGAACAACGUCCAACCAUUUGAAUUCAGACUCGACUGGGUCGGAUCCCGAGGUCGUGAGAUCGCGGUUCCUGGAUACUUCGUACCGAUCCGGUGAAUCGACUCCAUAUCCAGUUGCAUCAUGGGUUGAUUUACAACGUAUUUCGUCCACCACUAACAAUACUUCAUCUUCGUCAGCUGUUGUCGACCCUGUUAAUGGCAAAAUCACCAACGGACCUGCCGAUUCAGGUAUUGCUAGCGGGUCAGGAGCUGGUAACAGCACUGGUGCUAAUCGAGUAGCUUCUGAAACUGCUCUGGAUAACCCAUCUUUAGUAACAACCAGAACACAGCAGAAACUAUGGUUACAACGACAAUCAAUCGACCAUCCUCCUACGCCAACGAGUACAAUGUCACUUACGAGCGAACAACGACGAGAUUUUGAGCGAAUUACCAAAGAGUUUAUCAACGUACGGAGGUAUCAGAGUCCCAUUGCCGAAGCGGUUGACCGGAUACGAAACCGCCGACAGCCACAAGUAUCGUCUGUGGCACUUCAAAACCGGAAGAAACGACCCGAUACCAACAACAGUUCAGACCCAUAUAGCAAUCUCAGCCAGAGUCUGCCCAAACGCGUGACCUCACUGUCUGCCACGACACUCAACGAGAGCAACGGCUUCCCUACCGAUAACACUAACGCCAGCAACACCUGGAAAUCCGUGACCACCACCACCGCAGCGUCAGCUGCCAACGUCGGUUCCGUGGCAUACAAACUGACGAAGAUCUGGAACGAGGGCUGGCAAGACCCCGACGAACCUGAGCCCCCAGCCCCCCAAGAGUCGCCGUCCAUCCACUCGCAGGCCCAACAAGUGCAACAACAAAUCGCCGCGGCCCAACGCCAGAUCCGGUCCAACGCUGCCAUCAAACUGGUCUAG